CCACAGAUUACAAGCCUUUAAGCUAUGGAUAACUGCACGAUAAUAAAUGUCGGUGGCAUAAAAUUCAUCACAGAAAAAAACACGCUUAAAAGAUAUCCGGAAACACGAUUAGGAUUAUUAAGCAAUCAGUCUAGGGAAUACAUCUCUGAGAAAGGAUUUUACUUCUUUGACCGCAACCCGGAAUUGUUUAAUAUAAUUUUAGACUUUUACCGGAAUAAUGAAGUUCACAUUCCUUCGGGUACAUGUGGUUCAUUGGUGGAGAAGGAAUUAGAGUUUUGGAAGAUACCUUUUGAAGGCAUAGCCGAGUGUUGCAGGUCACGGUUUUUGAAUUCUGAAAAUGAACUAGAAACAAUUAAAAAGAUUAAACAUGCUUUUGACAUGCACAAUUCAACAGAGUUGGAUGUGGCUGAAACGAAACAAUGGGGGUUUAAUCGGAUUUGGCUAUUUUUGGAGGAACCUCUAACAUCAACACCUGCUAAGGUUUACAACAUAAUAUAUAUACUGGUUGUUGUAUUAUCAGCCAUAAUGGCUUUUUUGUUCACCUGUGAAGAGAUGCGAGAACAGUACAUCGAUAUUGAUACACUUAUCAAUGUAACUACCUCCGCUGGAUUUAAUGUUUAUACCGAUAGGAAUAAUCCUAAAGAUGUACUACAUGCGACAACUAUAUUACCAAUUUGGUGGUAUACACUUGACAGAUUUUUUUUGGUAUUCUUCACAUUAGAAUAUUUUAUUAGAUUAAUUGUUUGUCCAAGUAAGAUCGAAUUCCUCAAAAAUUGGUUGAACAUAAUGGAUCUUAUUCUGAACGUGUCGAUGUGGACACGAUUUUGUCUUGAAUUGAACAUGACACUUGUCAUGAACUCAUACACCGCUACGUGGAUAUUUGGAAUGUCAUACUGUAUGAUAUCUCUAAGACUUAUUCGAAUUUUUAGAAUAUACAAACAGUACCUUGAACUUCGAGUAUUACUAUUAUCUCUUAAAACAAGUUUUAAAGAGCUACUACUGUUACUAGUUACAUUUAUUGUCAUAGCUGCUCUGUUUGCUAAUUUCAUAUAUUAUGCAGAGUUUCAAGAACCUUCGACCUUUCCGUCUUCAUUUUCUGGUCUUUGGUGGUCUGUUGUUACUAUGACAACGGUUGGAUAUGGUGAUGUUUACCCGAAAUCAACGCCCGGAAAGAUUGUUGGUUGUUUAUGCGCAGUAUGUGGUCUUCUUAUUUUGGCAAUGCCCAUAGCUAUCAUUGCAACAAAUUUCAGUAACUACUACCAGAAAAUGAAAGACAUUGGUAAAUUUAAGAAGAAAGUUAUAAAUAGUUCUUCAAAACAAAAUAAAAUAAGCACCACUGUUGUAGGAAACAAGGUAUUUAACAAUUGUUAAUCACUUACGACAACUGGAAACAAACUGUAUUAUUGAAGUGUAGUACUUUUCUAAAACCCUCUUUCUGAUACAUACACAAGGAACUAUUUCGGUGAGUCAAAAAUAGGGAGAAAAAUGUACCACAAGGAGGACGUGAGAUCAUUAUACAGUACUUUAUUUCGAAUAUCUCAGAUAGAUAUAGAACAAUCGCAAAAUUGAUUAAAACUAGUUCUUUUGAUUUUGAAUCAGUACUGUUUUACAUCUAUAUAUUACCUGGGGCAUAAUAUAUUGAGUCCCAGAUCAAACAUGUUGAUAUUGACAACAAUGUCACUAUAUGGCAACUUGAUUCUGUCAUGGAGUAUGAAUAUAAAGUAAUUGAAGCUUCCGUUGGGAAACAGACGAGCACGUUAAUCAUAUAACAAUUAUUGAAUAGAUGGUAUUUACAUGGUAUUUACCUCAAAUGUAACAAUGUCAUUUAUAUUUGAAUUCUGUAAUUAACCUGCUUAGUGAUAAUAAUUUGUAUGGAACGUAAACAUGAUAUGUUAAUCGAUUGGAACUUUGAUUCAUUGGACAAAACUAUCACACGCAUGAUUUUGAUGAAUAGACAAUAUAUAUUUGCAUCAGUAAAAUAACGAUUUAGAAGGAGGAUGCAUUUUUCAAGUUACGACACACGACGGAAUAGACAUGAAAACAAACUUAAGUUAAUAAAACAUAAAAAGAUAGCUAAGGAAGAUGUGGUAUUAAUGCUCCUUCCAAGACACAAUUUAUAAAAGUAAACCAUUAUAGGUCAAUGUACGGCCUUCAACAUGGAACAGCAAGCUAUAAAAGGCCCUAAAAUUAUGAUGAUGUUCAUAAAUGAAGCUCGCAUUACACCUGUUUCCAAGCCUUGUUCAAAUUAAGCUGAUAUUCAAAGACGCUAAACAGUUAUUGUCACAAUUGACUAGAUUUUUAUAUUUUCUUACCAAGACAUUUAGACUGUCACGUCAACUAAUUGAGUUUCAUACUAAGGAAUGUAUUAUGGGUUUAUAACACAUUUCAACGUAUUUCAUCGCGGAAAACCAAUCAUAAUACCAACACACUAAAAGACAAAUGAUACAAUGGCAAUAUCUUGUAUCUAAUACUGAAUGUAAAAUUGUUAUUUAGCAAGAGAACACCACAGACAUGUAAAUCGUAUUUUUUUUUUAUAGCAUUCAUCAUAUCAUUUAUAUGUUUAUAAACACAUAAAAAGCAAAAUCAUGUAAAGCGACGAUCUAAGGGGAAGAAUUAUAAAAAAAAACUUUACAAAAAAAUAAUUUCAUAAUUUUCCUCCAAUCCGAAUGACAUAAAUCCUGCUUUCCUGUUUUGAGCACCCGCAAAAUCAGCUUAGAUUUAACUGCAAAUUUCAAUCAAAGAUGAUCUAUUUCACAAAUAUCCUCACUAAACGUUAUAUUGCUGGGUCUUCCAACAUAUUUGACUUUUUGAUUGACAACAAGAGGGUUACGUUUGCAGGGCAUGUGUGGUAUUCAAGACACAGUUGGAUUUCCCAUGGAAGCUUCUUGUGCUCCAC